CAUGAACCUCGAGCUCGCAACGACUACUUUUUUUCUUGUAAAUUUUUGUGUGGUAAUCGCCACUGAAACAGUCAAAAAACCUCAUAUCUUGUUGAUACUGGUUGACGAUCUUGGCUGGAGCGAUGUCGGUUUCCAUGGGUCGAAAAUCCGCACACCAAAUGUCGACAGGUUGGCGAGCGAUGGUGUCAUACUGGAUAACUAUUACGUACAGCCUUAUUGCACUCCUACACGAGCCUCUCUUAUGACAGGCCGAUACCCAAUUCACACCGGUAAGAUGGACCCAGCAGAGUCAGAUGCAAGGCUGUGCGGUAAAUAGACCUCUUUAGCUUGUAUGUUUUGCUUCCAGUGAAGGUCUCAAAGGAAUUUGGUCAUUUCUCCUUUCAUAAAUUAUGUGUAUUACGUGAAUAAAAAGAAAUUUGGGACUGAAAUUUGAAAGGAAAAAUUCUUGAGUAUUGUCACAUGACCUACAUUGGGAAAACAAAGUACAGAAGCUAAUGAGGUCUAUUUUAAUAAAGAUCCGAGGCAUUAUUAAUAAACAAAUGUGCUCUGUUGUUUUUAUUCUUCUGCUGGUCAAUGAGAUGCAAAUAAGUAUGAGAUAUUUUCUGCCAUUCUUGCCUGCACUCAGAGACCAAGUUAUGCUCUCUCCCCUCUGAGUCCCUGUCGUCUUGAUUUAUUGGGCUCGGAAUAAAGUGAAAAGAGGACAAUUCCAUACCUACCGGCAAUUUUUUUCAUUUAAUACUUACCCUAGAUAGCGAAUAUGGUCAGAAAUAUCGCUGAGGAAUCUGUGGCUUGUUCCCUUCUCUCCUAGAUUUGAUAAUAUUUCUUAGCCAAUAAUCUCAUCUUUUAAUAUCCAGAUAUAUUUCAUCCUCAAGUUAAAGACCGAUAGGCAGAAUUAGUAAGGAUGAUGAGAUUUUCCCAUCAUACGUCUUUUGUAGUUAAUUUUUUAUCUCAGGUAAUUGUUGCUUUUUUUGUGUUUUUGGGUAUGGUAAUGUAUGCUAAUGAAGUUGAAGCAAAGGAAAAAUAAAUUAACACACCUAAGAUAAAAAGUUAACUACAACAUAUCUAACUGCCGCUGAACCUCCAAAGAUAUAUCUCUUUUUAGUAAAACUAGUGGUCUAUUAUCAAUGCUGCAUAUUUCUGAUUGGUUGAGUUACUACUAGGCUAUAUUUUAUGGCCCACUAGUAGCGAAAAGCGCCGGCUUUGAAAACCAAAACAAUGGCAGCUGAAUUGUGUUUUGCUAGCUAACAUUGUUUUGUCUCGAUAUUUUUGACCAACUAGUUGGAUUUUUAAAACGAUUGUUCCUCUUGCCCUCAUGGCCUCUGAGUCAAUAGCCCAUGUGGCCUUCAGGCUCGAGGAAUAAUAAUUGUUAAAUAUCAUACUUUACCCUAUAAUUUCACCUACCCGUCUAUUUUGAUUUUACAGGUCUUCAGCAUAGGGCAGUUCUGUGUUUAACUCCUUUUGGCUUACCUCUACAUUUUUCCACCCUUCCAGAAAAGCUACAAGAAGUAGGUAAGAAGUUUAAAGUACACCAAGAUUGCAUGAGCAUUAGGUUAACGGAGCAUCUCUUAUUUUUUGUGUGUGUUCACUUCAGCAAUCAUCUGCUUCAUAGUUAAGUUCUUCUGCUUCCCAUUACACUCUGCAUGUCACCUGGGUGAAGUUCAACAGAGAAGAUUAGGGAUAAUUCAAGUCCACUAUAGUGGAGAUGUCGUUAUAUCACAUUACCACAUUGGAUCUCAACAAGCCUUGGUAUGGCAAAAAAAAAAAAAAUGACAGGUGUGAGCAUGAUUGCACUCAGGAACCAAACGGUAGCCCGUGAAUCUUUUCCAUCGUUUGACAGUGCAAAUGGCUGUCUCUGUCAAGAAAGAUUGUUAAGUUCCAGAAAUUUUGCCACCAUGAUAACCUGCAGUGGCAGAUCCAGACCUUAAGAUAAAGGGGGAGGGGACAGUCAUCCAGACCCUGAGAUAAGGGGGGGGGGGGGGCUAGUCUCCAAAAAAAAGUUUUGUCGGUCCUUCGGGCCUCAGUUUGGUCUAAAAAUAAGGGCGGGCCCAGCCAGACCCUUCCCCUGGAUCCACCACUGACCUGAUGUCACACUUCUCCUCCCUAUGGUCUUUGGACAGUAGAGGGAUAAAACUUUAAGCACCUCACGCAACAUUAAUAAACCUUCCUAUGGCAAAGGUGUCUGCCACAUUAAUAUACCUUUGUACCUACAGGUUAUAGAACCCAUAUCAUUGGAAAAUGGCAUCUAGGACAUCACACAUCAGCGAGCCUUCCAACAAACCGAGGAUUUGACUCAUUUUUUGGAUUUGUCAAUUAUGGACGUGAUCACUAUAAUCACACCCAUGAUGGCUUCCUGGACUUCUUCAGAGGAGAGGAAGUGACAAGAGAAUAUCAUGGACAGUACGCUACUCAUCUAUAUGUAAAGGUAAUACGGUCAAACCCGGCGUUAAUUAACAGACACUGAGGGGGCCAUAGAAAAAAAUAAGAGAAAAUGUAAGAGUUUUGUUUCCCCAAGGACAAAGCAAACUCUCCAUAAUAAUGGGGUGUCCGCAUUAAAAAUUUUAUUAAAAUGUCGAAAUUACCUUUUGUAAGUAUUUAAAACUGCGAAGAAGGUUCCUUUGGUGCAAUGUAUUGUUAUUUUUUCUAGUAACCUCUUGAAAAGUGCAAUAAAUAAAAAAAUCAGAAAAAAAAAUCAGUUAGACAUCUAACAUUUGCGUCUCAAAAAGUUGUGAGUCUGUACACUUUUAUAACAGAUAUGAAUAAGAUGGUAAUAAAUGAUCGAAAUGAUAGGUUUAAUAUGCCUUUCUUCAUGAAAUCAGGAAGCCAAUAGAAUUAUCGCAGAACACAAUUCGUCUACGCCGCUGUUUCUUUACAUGGCGUUUGAGAACGUCCACGACCCGAUUCAAGCGCCCGACGAAUAUCUGAGAAAGUACAAGAUUAUUGAGGACAAAAAAAGAAGAGGCUACGCUGCGAUGAUGGAUAUAGUUGAUGAAGCUAUUGGAAAUAUAACGGCGGCGUUUGAAGAAAAAGGGUAAGGAAAAGUCAUGUCGUUUAUAAUGUGAUUGUUUUUUAAAAGGAAAGAGUUAAUUGAGUUUAGCUGUGGGACCAGUCAACCUUUUGCGUUUAAAUGCUUACGGUUACCACGAAAAAUUUGUGCCACGUUUUCACCACGUGCUCGACGGCAUGAUUUUCCCGCCGUUUUUUCAUGCCGUUUGUAACUCGUAAAUUUUUAUUUUUGAAAUUUUCAAUCUUAAGUUUAAUUGAAAAGUUUGUUUUAGUUCAGAAGUCGCAGAUAAAGUCAGAAGAGUCAUUAAAAAAGUAAAAAAUUGACAGUAGAAUUAUUAUUUCCAGAAGACUGGCAAAAUUCUCCGAAAUAAGUACCUAGUCUAAAACGUUUUUAAAUCCUACUGAUUCAGAAAUUGUGUUCAGUCAUUGUGCUGUAUUUUACUUUUCUCCAUUGAGUUUUGUACGGUAUGUGGAAAUUUGAAUUGUGCGCAUAUUUUUCACAACAGAGCGCAAAAUGCAAGUUCACAUUGCUGAAGAACAUUUUUUUGUACAGCCUUCCAGUAUGGCGGUUUUUAAUUGACUUUCGAAGACAAUUAAAUUUCUCGCGCCAAUUUUUUUAUAGAGUACCAGUAAUAAUUUUCGCUCACAACUUUUGACAGACUAAAGCUAACGAUUCUUUCAGGGAAUUCGCACAAAAUGCUGGACCUCCGCCUAAUUAUACAUCCUUCGUGGAAUUUUAGUGCUGACUGGAAUCUUCUGUAAGCGAAAACCGAUUUUGGGCCACGAUUUUUAGUGGCGGUUGCUUGCAGAAGGCUGUCGUUUACAAGCUUUUUAAAAGGUGAUGUUACACGAGACGGUUCGCAACAACGACUUAUAGCACAACUCAGCGUGGCAACAUUGUUGCGACAUUGUUUUGGAUAGUUACAUUGUUCCAACAUUGCACCGCUGUGUUGCGCUAAAAAUCGUCGUUGUAAAUCGUACCGUGCAACACCACGUUUACUAGCAUAUUGUUUGAUUGGGAAAAGUGAUUUUGGUUUGUAUUUAAAAAAAAAACUUCGCCUCUUUCUAGCGGGGAUGCAUAUGGACUUAGACUACGAGUAGUCCCCAUUUUUCCUCAGGGAUAGUAGAGUGAGCGAAACGCGAGCGCGCGUGAAAAUCAUCCUAUGCGAGAAAAGGCGACACGAGGCGGGGAGAGAGAAAAUUUUCCGGCGCGUGUCACUUUUUCUCGCGUGGAGUGAUUUUCACGCGCGCUCGCGUUUUGCUCGCUCUACUAUCCCUGAGGAAAAAUGAGGACUACUCGUAGUCUAAUAUGGACUGGGCAAAACUCAGACAAGAUGGUUCUUCAUGAAUUUAUUUGCAGGAUUUCAACUUGUUUAAAAUAUCACUUCUUUAUUCUUGCUCCACAGGUUAUGGAAUGACACACUUGUGAUAUUCAGUUCAGAUAAUGGGGGAGAUCCUGUAAAUAGAGGCUACAACUACCCCCUGCGUGGAUACAAAAGAACCCUGUGGGAGGGAGGGGUGAGAGCGCCUGCUUUUGUUUAUGGAAAGAUGCUUAUACAAAAAGGAGUGAUCGUCAAGGAAUUAAUUCAUGUCACAGAUUGGUACCCAACUCUCGUCCGUUUAACAGGUAAUUGAAACUACUUCAUAAGCUAGUUAAAGUAACUUUACGCAAGAUUGAUCAAGCGCACUGAAGCUUCAUUUUAACAUCUUUACGCUAACAAAUCCCACAGAACAACUUCUCAUAAGAAGUCGAUCCACACAAAGGGCAUUCGGCAGGUUAUUAACUCUUUUCAAGAGUUGCCUAUCGAAUGGAUUUGUAUCAGUCCAGCAGGCAAUUCGUGAGAGGAGCCCCCUUCUCCCCCCACCUCCCUCUCACCCGCCGGUUCGGGUAGGAGGUGACUCGGCAUUCCCCACUCCAGACGAGAAGUGGGUAGUCGUACGUACGCGCGCAAGUAUGUCUUGCGAGGAGGCUCGACGAAAAACGCUAGAAUUAAUAACAGGUAUACUCUUUCUCUCCUUGCACUUUAGGUUACCGUUCUAACAAUAAAUCACUAUUCGCCACUCCAUCAACGAUAGGGAGAAUGGACACAAGCUGUCGGCGCGACGAUUUGUGGGAUCUUUGCAUGGACAAGCGCGUGUUAUGAUCGGUUACUAAUGCUUUUCCACCUAUGCGAUCCCAUAAAUCUUCGCACCCAAGGCUUGCGCCCUUUCUCCGUGAAGGUUAUGGAAUGAAAAAUUGAAUAGGCCCAUAUAGGCUAUCUUCAACUAAUUUCUUAGGUGGUACCAUGGACUCUAGUGAUAUUCCAGUAGACGGCUUUGACGUUUGGGACACCAUUGCAAAGGGAGCACCUUCACCCAGAACUGAAAUCCUCCUAAAUAUCGAUUUUCCUGAGAAAAGGCCUGGCCUUCUUCUGACCUAUGACACGUGGUACACAGGAGCGGCAAUUCGUGUCGGCGACAUGAAGUUGUUGAUACAUGUCCCCAAUGCCACUUGGUACCAGACUCCAGAGGAUGGCGGGAUUGCCCCACCGAUGGAAGACAUUUGGGUAACAGUGUGAUUAUUCAUUCCUCCCUCCCCCCACCCCCUGCGACCUCCUGCCCCCCUACCACCACCACCCAUUUUUCUUCCUUUACUACAGAAGACUGAUCACCCGUUACUAUUUUAACCUGAGGGAUCACCACACUACAGAAUGCUAAAUGGUUAAUCGGGCGGGCAAUUUAACAUAAAAACGUUUGAAAAUUAUCAGGUGGAAGCAGACAGCCUUAAAAUACAAAAUGUUAGGUAUUUUUUCUCUAAAAUAAAAAAAUAAAAAUAAAAAACAAUGGCUACUCGCAAGGCACUUGGCGGGGGUGUGUUUCUUUCAGACUAGCCAGCCUCAUACAACCUUGUGGCUCCUUUUUGGGUUUUCUUCUAUUAAGUCUCACUCUCCAUAUUCCACACUCGCUCCCGUCUUUUCGUUUGAAGACCAUUUCGUUUUCGUAUGAACAACAUAAAAAUACAGUCAACUCUCUUUAAGAUGGACACCUUCGGGACCGGCCCGACUGUCCGUCUUAGAGAGGUGUGCGGCUUACAGAGAGUCGAGAUUAAAGUGACACCAGAUAUUGUAAGAGAAUAAAAAUGAACCCAUCCGCAAUUAACACACUUCUGUUUAUCUUUUACAAGACAGCUAAAACUGGAACAUUGUAACAGAAAAGUGGAAUCAUUUUCUCAUUGUUCAAUGUAAAUUGUACGUCACUUUGUAAGACUUGUUGUUUAAGCUGCAAAGGAGAAAUUUAUCAGCAUAAGUCCUUUACGUGUUUUUGACUCCUUCUUUCUCUCUUUCUCUCUCAGGAUCAAAAAACAAACAUUGUAGAAUUGGCUCUUUUCAACAUAUCCGCAGAUCCGACUGAACGACACGAUUUAAGCCGCAGAAAUCCUGAUAUUGUGCGGCAAUUAAAGGCACGCAUACACGAAUAUCAGAAAACCGCUGUUCCACCCGGAAUCGUACCAGAUGAUAUAAUGGCGUUAGUUUUGGCCAUGAAAAAUAAAGCUUGGAUACCCUGGAGAAACACGUGCAAUGCGAGAUGAAUAUUCAGUGUGUUCAGCUACUGUAUAUUCAAACUUGCAACAAGAACGUCUCGAGCCCGGUGUUGUGGAUGCGUGGCAUAGGGCAAUGGAGUUCAUCAGAACAACCAUAAG